AGCCUCCUUGCGGAUCAUCCGUGGUCCAAAAGGAGCCGGUCACAAGCCCGGGUAAAUGAGGAGUGCACAGGUCGUGUUGUCAUCUCGGGGGAAACCCCGUCAUGGCAACACGCCCCAAAACCCCCAGGGUCAAGGUGGGAGGACGUGCCGAGGGCCCUCACAGCCGGCUGUGGGCAGCGGGGGGUUGGUGCCGAUUGGGCUCGCAAGCGGAGGAGGGGAGGGGGGACAGGGCCUGUGUUGUGUCUGGCGGAAGGGGAGGGGUGGAGGCUGGGGAACCCCGGGGUGUCGUGGAGAGAUGCCCUUGGGGUGAAGCGCCUCUAUCCCAAACUGGAAGCUGGAGUGGUGGGCAUAUGUGUACAAGUGUUAGCCCCGGGAGGUCACGAGCGACUUCCUUGGGGUAAACCGACGUGCACAGUCCCAUCGCAGACAAGCAACGCAGGAGCUGUUCUUCCAUGCUUGCAAGCCUACUCGGCACAAUCGCUGUCGUGUACGACUAUGCGCAGGGGGGUGGCGCCACUGCGUAGGUGUAAAUGUUGCUGGGUGGACGGCAAGGGAGCACUGCUACCACUCUAAUUUUAUUUCUUCCCAUAAAAUUUAUAGCGUAUGGAUAAGGUUGAUAAAAUGCACAAAAACAAAAAUAAAAUCACCGCGCAAGCGGAGAAGGAGCCCGCAAGGGUAGAAGAAAGGGAGGGUGGGAAGCCAGCCGGUGGACCCCCGACCAUCAUAGAAGGCGGAACCUUGAGCUCUGGUGAAUCGGAGCAUGGAGGUCAGGAGAGGAGCAGUAAAGGUACCCCGGAUGUCCUGCAACUGGAGGGCCUGACACUGCAUGAGGAAGAGGCGCUGCUACAAUCACCAUCGAGGGAGGAAACCGUCAGGGAGGCCACACCGGUGGUGAAGGAGCAGUUCCACAAGUACGAGUCGAAGGCUCAAAAGAAGAAAGCGAAAUUGCUUAGGAGGAGGGCUGCGAUUGCUGGGGAAGGGAGUGGCAUUCCCGUGGCAUUUACCAAGGGGGAGGCCAAACCCGGCCCGAGCAACCGCGGUCUAAAGAUGAAACGACAGAGCACGGAUGAGGGUCGCUCGGAGCGUCCUCCGGCGAAGCGUCAUAAUCAAGGUAAGGCGGUCGCAGAGGGACCACGGAACGUUGCUAAGGCGAAUCGAGGUCUCGCUGUGGCUGUAAGCCGGGAGGAUGGCGUUUCGGUGGAUGAGGCUCUGGCGAAACUCAUAAGAAAGAAGCUUACGCAGCUGAUUGAAGUGGUCGUCUUGAAGGUAGUCAGGGGGGAGCCAGGCUUGGUAGCGCCAAGAUUCGCUACGUCGGGGUUGGUGUCGGAAGGAUUUUUCCUUGUGACACCAAAAACGACGGAGUCGAGGGAAUGGCUGCUAAGUCAGGACUUCGGAGAGCUGGACGGCCACAAAAUCAUCGUGCGGAAGCUGGAGCAGACUAGGGUGCAGGUUUGGGUUCCGGGCGAUACCGACACUGAGUACGUAAAGGAGUUCCUUUACGCUCAGAAUCCGGAUCGACCGGAACUCAAAAUUCUGCACUGGAAAGCGGUAGGUAGGGAGGCACUAGAACUAGGAACCCGACUGACCUAUAUGGUUCCAGAAGGUGUCGAGGAGAGCUGGGGCGAGGAGAAGACCAAGGUAUUGGACUUCUCGGCCACUAGCGUCCGAGUCCGGAUUCUGAGGGCGAAUCCAAAUCCACAACCCUCAGAAUCCAAACAAGAUGGAACAGAAGGAGAACCCGAGCUGAAGCAGGAGGGGGCGAAACCCGUCGAUGUCCAUACAGGAGGAGAGGAGAGUAUGGAUGUCGCCGGAGAUGAACCCUCCGAGUAGCAGCUCGGGGACAACGACACUACACAUAGAUGAAUAGGAAGGCUGACACACAAAGAACACUACACAAACACACACACACCAAGUACACCAACACACACACGAAUAUAUGCCAAGUAAACCUCCAGCAUUGCAAAGAUGCAAUGUCCGAGUUAGGACAGUAUGUUAGGAGGGCCAAAGUAGAUAUAGCCCUGCUGCAAGAACCCUAUGCAUGGAAGAAUCAGGUGGCAGGCCUGGGACAUCUGGGGGGAGCUCUCUACUACGAAAGGAACGAGAUCUUGUUGUUGUGGAGGCCCACUUCAUGAAUGACAAAGGAAGAAGUUACAAGGUGGCGCUGGCGUCCUGCUACUUGCCGGGAGACGGAGCAGCACCGACGCUAGAACUAGAAGAAGCGGUACUGAGGUACAGAGGAAAACAAGAAGAUUUGAGGAGAUUGGUAUGGGAAUGCCGCCGGGACAGUAACCUGCAGCUCCAACUACAGGGAACUGGGCUGAAUGAACGCAACAUGCGAUCGACAGCCCGCCUGCUUCCGGCCGGGCGUCCCUACAC